AUGAAGCAUUUAUUAGAGAAGCUCCACAGCCAGGACUAUCAUCGGGAAAUCGUCGGAAAAUGUGCUGAGCAGGGAAUUCAAUGGCACUUUAAUCCGCCUGCAGCUCCUCAUUUCGGAGGAUUGUGGGAGGCAGCAGUCAAAUCUUCGAAACGACAUCUGUUGAAGGUUAUUAGAGAAAAUGCAGCAUCAUACGAAGACCUCAACACGCUUUUUAUAAAAAUCGAGGUUUGUAUUUACUCCAGGCCAUUGACCCCGUUAUCAGACGACCCCAACGACUUUGCACCUUUAGCUCCUGGACAUUUUCUAGUGGACAGAGCACUUCUGCAACUUCCGGAACGCGAUUGGACUGAAGCACCCUCUAAUAGGUUGAACAACUUUCAGCUGAAUCAGCAGCGACUCAAGCUUUUUUGA